GCUUUCCUUCAAGUUGCCGCUGGAGGCGCCUUUACAAUUCUGGUCAGGAACGACGGUAGGGCCGUCGCCUGCGGUCGGAAUGGGUUAGGUCAGUGCGAUGUCCCGGCGCUACCGCGCGGCUUGACCUACACGCAAGCUGCUGCUGGCGCUAGGCACUCCGUCCUUCUCAGGAGCGACGGCAUCGCCGUGGCCUUCGGCUGGGAUCUAUCAUGCCAGUGCGACCUCCCUGUGUUGCGGGAGGGCUUGACUUACACUCAGGUUGCUGCUGGUGAUGAGUUCAACAUUUUUCUUCGGAGCGACGGGGCAGCUGUGGUCCGCGCAGGAUCUGCGCCCUGGCGGGGCUAUUUAUACGCACAGGAUAUUCCUUGCCUUGAUGAUGGCAUUCUUUACACGCAGGUUGCUGCUGGCUAUGACCACGCCGUGCUACUCAGGAGCGAUGGCACGGCGGUGGCCUGCGGCCCACCGCAUCUACGAGCGGGGGCAUGCUGUAUCCCGCCGCUGGCCGCUGGAAUGACUUACACUCAUGUAGCUGCUGGAGAGGUGCACGCUGUCCUACUGAGGAGCGACGGCACGGCCGUGGCCUGCGGCGUGCACGUUGACGGUUUACGCGCGCUCCCGGCAAUGACGGGUGACUUGAUAUACGUGGCGCAUUUGUUUCCACCGUUGCUAUUGCAGGCCUCGUUCGAUGGCAAUUGGAUCAGCUUUGAUACCCUUGCAGAGGUGCACCGUGGCAGGAUCGCGGCGGCCGCCACCGAUUGCUUGAAGGAUAUCUAUGAUCAGAUGAUGGCUGAGCAUCGCGCUGGCAGGCUGGGCGCUGGAUUCUGUUGUGUCGACGCGGUGUUGCCGGGGGGGGCGCUGCUCAGCGAAUGCCCGGCUGGGCUGACUGUCGCCAGCGCCCUCGGGCUUCGGCGUCGGCGUGCGCAUGGCAAGCGCCCCCGCUCGGCGUACGUCGCGUGA